CGGUCCCUUUAAGGCCGGCGCGGCCCCGCGGAAUAAAAGCGCCGCCGCCUCCUCUUCGCUCCAUUCUGCCGCCACCGCUCUCGCAGUUUCCGCCGCUCCGCUCCUGCCGUCGGCCCCGCCGCCCCCCGCCACCAUGCCCAUGUUCACCAUCCAAACCAACGUCUGCAAGGACGCCGUGCCCGACAGCCUGCUGGGCGAGCUCACCCAGCAGCUGGCCAAGGCCACCGGCAAGCCCGCGCAGUACAUUGCUGUGCACAUCGUACCUGAUCAGAUGAUGUCCUUUGGGGGCUCCACUGAUCCCUGCGCAGUCUGCAGCCUGUACAGCAUUGGCAAAAUUGGAGGGCAGCAGAACAAGACCUACACCAAGCUCCUGUGUGAUCUGAUCUCUAAGCACUUGCAUAUAUCUGCAGACAGGGUGUAUGUCAACUACUUUGACAUGAACGCUGCCAAUGUGGGCUGGAAUGGCUCCACCUUUGCAUAGAGCUCCUGUUUGUGAAGAGGCUGCUCCUGGACCUCCCCCCGUCCUGCCCCUUAGCAGAGACCACCGCACAGAUGGCCCCGUGUUGCAUUUUGUACACUCUCACAGAUUGAUGGCUCCGUGCUAGUGUUUAAAUAUUGCUGCUUCAACAUUCCUCUGUUUUUUCUGUGUAGAAAACAAAUAAAGAUUUAGAAAUAA